CGACUAGUAACCUACUUUCCACCUUUCAAAAUUUCAAACCCCCAUUGUUGUGUUCCCAAAUUUCGCCAUCUCAGAAGAAGAAUCUCAAUCUCCAAUGGCGACGAUUGAGCAACAACAGCUCAAGGACCAACGUCUCCGAGGGCAGGACCGAGAAGUUGAAGAAGAACUAGAAAGAGACGACGAUUAUAAUGUAGGCGGCGAGCGAUCAGAAUCCGAUUCAUCUGACCUAGAUUGCUGCGAUUCGGACUCCGAUUCCAGUUACAACGCUUUGGACGAGACGAAUCGCAAGCUCUCUUCCCUUUCCAUAAGGAAGAAAUCUCGGACACGCCUUGCGAGAGAUUGUGGAGUGGAAGGGAACUCUAGGGAGAUUGAGGUGAAUGGGGAUGUGGUUGCUAAAUUGGUGGAAGCUGGGGAUGUUGAGAAGCUGAAACUAGACCAAUGUAAAGCUUACUUGAGGAAGCAUGGACUGCGAUUGAGUGGCUGCAAAAGCACGCUCAUUCAACGCAUUAAGGAGCAUCAAGAGAUUUCUGGUGGUAGAGGCGAGGAAAAGUAUCCCCUGUCCAGCUUUGUAGUAAAUUGUAAAGGUGACGCGUGCAUGGGUGAUAUCGUUUUGUUUGAACAAACUGUGUAUGACAUGUAUAAUGUUGCAUCACGGAGUGCCAGUGGUCCUCCCUGUGGCAAGAGAACUGUUGCAGGGAGAAUUGUGAAAGAGAGCUACGGUGCAGCCAAGCAACAGCAUACUUUUACGGUGGAGGUCUUGUGGAGCAAAGGCGAAAAGCCACUCCCUCCACUUCAUCCCCUCCUCAUUAAAGGUCGGAAUUUGUACAGAUUGAAGACCUUGAGACAGAAAUGGAAAGAUGAAGAAGAACGGACUAGAGUUCUGAUGGAAAAGCACUCAAGGGGCUCUCUUGCUAGAUCUGAUAGAGAAAUCAGAAUCGGAGUGAAAGACAAGAAGAAACAAAUGGUGAAAAAGGGAAGGGUCUCGAGGAAGAAUCCAAAUGAGAACCACCCUGAUUCAGUAAUGGUGGAUUUGACAGUCCAACAUUCUAGUGUAGUUGCUAACUCAGAAGCUAUGGCAACUCUUGGAAAAAAUUCUGGGAAGGGAACAAAUCAAGAUCUGACAUUGGCAGCAUCCAUCCAACCUCCACGUUUUCGAGCAGCCACUCAUGCAGCUCACAUGGAAGUCAAACCUGAGAAGGCUACAGUUCUACACCCUAAUUCAGGACAGUCCAAUGGCAAUGACACUAUUGUAAAGGAAGAAAGUAGUAGACAUCAGAACUCAUAUUACCCUCAAGAAGAUUCAAUCCGGCAUCAAAACUCCAGGAUAUCUCUUCCCAAGUCAAGUAAGGUAAUAAUACCUCAAGCUGGCCUGCCUAGGAACCAAACCCAGAAGCAUGAAAGUCACAGGCGAGAUCAAGUUCCUCUAGACUCCGUGAUGUAUUCUGAUGUUUUCAGCAUGCAGAGGAAUUACGACCGUUCUUGUUUUGAUAAGUAUCAACACAUGAGUUUUAGGAGGGAAAUGUCCCCGACUAAAAACUAUGACAGGAGCUUCAGGAGGGAACUGUCGGCUGCAAACUAUAACAGACAACCUUUUUCACUACUGGAUAAUGGCCUUCCACGAAUGCCGUACCAUGGACAACGAAUCAACCGUAAACUAGAACUAUAUUUGGCCUACAUUAGAGAAGGGCAGGGCCGUACUCUGAGGACUCUCCACCUACAUCAGUCCUAUUCUUUGUUUUCUUCUGAUCACAGCCAUGAAAGCCCUGGAAGUAGGUGUUGCAGGUGCUUUUGUCCCUAUCAUGCAACUCCCCAGUUGGAUUACAGUCCUGCCACCAUCACUGUUGUGGAAGAGAUUGAGGGGCCGGUACUAUAUGGGUUGGCUGCAAAGGGAGAACAAGGGGCGAGGGAAGUGAUUCAGACGAUGAAGAAUGAGUUCGAGCUCACGAUGGCGCUUGCUGCUGUCCUAGCAUCAAUGACAUUACAAGGAGCCAUAACCGAUUCUGUCUUCUUCUAA